GGCAACCGAUGGCGACGGAGCUGUUGCCAGGGACGCGCGCUUCGGACGCAAGGAUGCCGCCGGUGCCGAAUCGCCUAAGCCCCACCAGGAGAGCGAAACACCGCACAGGCCCGAAGUGCCGCCGCGGAGCUUGCGCAACGAAACUGCGAACGCCGCCGGCAGUCGACCCGGAGAAGCGCCCUCUAGAACGCUACAAACCGCUGCUACAAUUCCUGUCGCCGCCCCUAGGAUCUCCAAGUAUCGCCAGCAGGAGAAGGCGAUAGCGGCGGAACCGAACAGAGCGUCCGAGAAGGACACCAUCUCCCAGUCGAACGGGUCCAUCGAGGGUGCGCAGUCCCGGGUGUGGCACUCGAACGGCGCCGCGGAGAGAGCGAACGGUAAAAUAGCCAACGGCGAAGGCGGCGUCGCAGGCAACCGGAGCCCGAGGUCGUACUUCGAGAACAGGAGAAGAGAAGCGGUCGAGGUGUCGAGCGAUACGACGAAGUCGCAGAAACAGAAUGGACUGUUGCCUUUCGGCAGCAACGACUGGUUUAACGCGACUGCGAAGAGCUCCCGCUUCCGUUACUACGACAGUGCGGGGGCGGACGCCCCGAAAGUUGGCAGGAGCUCGCAGGAGGACGCACCUCCGAGGCCAGGGCAGCCUCGUAGAGUACUGACCGAGGCGGAGGAAAGCGGAAGUGCCCGUAACAGUUUGACGCCGCCUUUCAAAUACCGCACAAAUGGCAAAGCAGUGCCCGGGAUCAGCAACGGUGGUACCAGCGCUGAAGAGAACGGUUCACCUGCCACCACCGAGGCUAACGGCGAAACUUCGAGAGCUCUGCCGAGUAGGUAUCGGUACGACAAACUCAAUGGCGCGGAGAAGAGUGCAGAGAACUCCAGCGAGGAGCCGAUGCCUAAGGGCGCAGCUAGUAAAGACGACGCUAGUCCACCGUCGACGAGAAGCAGUCCUAGGUUUCGUUCGGAAUACGAUACUGCUACAGUGCGAGGGGUCGAUGCGGCGAUCAAGGAUGCCCCGACGGAGAACGGAGACGCCCAGAGGAACGGCGACUCGUCCGCCGCAGCAGUCCAAGUGGCGAGGUACCGUGUGGAGGCCGGGGACGGCGCUAAGCAAGCGGCGGUCGGCAACGCGGAGACGGUAGACAGGGGUGUGGCCGCGAGUCGAAUACACCCGUCCAGGAGCAGCCCGCUGCUGCGCUACCAGGAGGCGCCCAGCGCCGCCAGUCGGGGCCUCACCAGGCACAACAGCAGCGCGGCGGCCGCGCGCUACCAGCGCCAGGGAGGCGGCGGCGGGGGCGUGGCGCGGCACCUCGACUACCGGCCCGUCUACACCCCCAACGGCCGACCGCGCAGGGACUCCGACCCCGACCCCGUGUCCAGCCGCUGGCAGACCACCGGCCAGCAGCAGCAGCAACAACAACAACAACAACAAGCUGGAGACGACGAUUUCAGCAUCCCCCGGCCGCGCCUCAUCGUGCCGGUCCAUUCGUACCGCGCGCGCCGGACCGGCAAUACGUACACCUUGCCAGAGGGCCGCGUGGAGGUGUCGCGUGAGAACAAGUACCUCUCGACGCUCGCAGCGGGCAAGGUCUUCGGUGAGCUCGCCAUACUCUACAACUGCAAGAGGACCGCCACCAUCAAGGCGGCGACCGAUUGUAAGCUAUGGGCUAUCGAGCGGCAAUGCUUCCAGACCAUCAUGAUGAGGACUGGCCUCAGCCGGCAGGCAGAGUACACCGACUUUCUCAAGAGUGUUCCCAUCUUCAAGAACUUACCUGAAGAAACACUCACAAAGAUAUCAGAUGUGCUGGAAGAGACAUAUUACAAUGAGGGUGACUACAUCAUCAGGCAAGGAGCACGUGGUGACACAUUCUUCAUCAUUAGCAAAGGACAGGUGAAAGUCACGAUGAAGCAGCCCAAUUCACUCGAGGAGAAGUAUGUCCGGACUUUGCACAAAGGUGAUUUCUUUGGAGAGAAGGCUUUACAAGGUGAUGAUCUGCGUACAGCAAAUAUUAUUGCCUCUGACCCUGAAGGUGUCACAUGUUUGGUGAUUGAUCGUGAGACAUUCAAUCAACUAAUAUCAAGUCUGGAUGAGAUUCGAACGCGCUACAAGGAUGAAGGUGUUGAACGCAGGAGGAUUGAUGAAGAGUUCAGGGACGUUAAGCUGUCAGAUCUACGUGUUUUGGCUACAUUGGGAGUUGGAGGUUUUGGCCGUGUUGAAUUAGUUCAGAUUGCAGGAGAUCCUUUACGUUCAUUUGCUUUGAAACAAAUGAAGAAAAGUCAGAUUGUGGAAACCAGGCAACAGCAGCAUAUAAUGUCAGAGAAGGAGAUUAUGGGAGAGGCCAAUUGCAACUUUAUUGUCAAAUUGUAUAAGACAUUUAAAGAUAGGAAGUAUUUAUACAUGCUUAUGGAAUCUUGCCUUGGAGGAGAAUUAUGGACAAUUUUGAGGGACAAAGGGCAUUUUGAUGAUGGCACAACCAGAUUUUAUACUGCCUGUGUGGUUGAGGCUUUUGACUAUCUUCAUAGCCGUAAUAUUAUAUAUCGUGAUCUCAAGCCAGAGAAUUUGCUUCUUGAUAAUGCGGGGUACGUCAAACUAGUGGAUUUUGGUUUUGCAAAAAAGCUGCAGCAUGGACGAAAAACUUGGACAUUCUGUGGAACACCAGAAUAUGUUGCACCUGAAGUAAUUCUGAAUCGUGGGCAUGAUAUAAGUGCUGACUACUGGUCUCUUGGAGUUCUUAUGUUUGAACUGCUGACAGGGACACCACCAUUUACUGGGGCUGAUCCAAUGAAGACGUACAACAUAAUUCUCAAGGGUAUUGAUGCCAUAGACUUUCCAAGGACUAUUACUCGCAAUGCCAUGGCACUUAUUAAGAAACUAUGUCGGGACAAUCCGGCUGAGAGACUUGGUUACCAAAAGGGUGGUAUUAGUGAGAUACAGAAGCACAAGUGGUUUGAUGGCUUUAAUUGGGAAGGUCUUCGCAAUCUUACAUUGACCCCACCCAUUGUGCCUGUUGUGCGCAAUGUAACGGACACCUCAAACUUCGAUGCCUACCCUCCAGACAGUGAUGGUCCUCCUCCUGAUGACCUUACUGGCUGGGAUGCUGACUUCUAAGGAAGUUUCAGAUUUACAGGGGAAAGUGCCAACAGCAGAAAGCCUGUCUGUCUCUCAGUGCAGGAAGGUUCAUUGCGUGUUUGUGACAAGAGCUGACAGAAUGCAGAUAAUGCCUAUGAAAUCAUGCUGUAGAUCCGUGUCUGCUUCAUCAUAUUUUCAAAGAAAUUAAAAUAACAAUUCGGAAAUUGUUUUCAGUGUCUCUCUUGGGCUGUGCUACCUCCUUUCGUCUUACUCUGUUCACAGACUGAAUAUUUUUUGAUACUAAAGUGUAAAAAAUACCUUUAAGAGAUCCAGUACACACAUUAAAUGUAAUAUGCUUAUUACUUUGACAUAUUGUUGCAGGUUAAUCAUCUAUGUUCUUGCCAAAUAUUGAGCAUAUCAGGAUGUAAAUCUUGAAAAACCUCAAAUUUUUCAAAAUUCAGAGAAAAUAAACUAUAAUAAGUUAAAUCAUCAUGAUAAUAAACAGCAUGCUAGUUGGAAAUAUUAGGUACAAUAAUUGCAGUAUACAUUAUUAUGUUAUCCAUGUGUUUAUUGUAAUAAGAAUGUCAUUUAAAUAUGUGUGUCAGUAAUCUGUGUUACUAUCUCUCAUCCAGCAGAAUUUGAAAUGAUUUUCAGCAAGUUAUAUUUUGUAAUAUAUAAUUUAUUACUUCCUCUUUAAGUAUACAUUUUUAAUACAAAAUGUCUGAAUUACAGAACACUACAAGGAUAACACAUAAAUAUUUAAACUAAUAGGAAUGAAAGGAAUAUUAUCUCACACAGUGAAGAAGUGAGGUGAUAGACUGUGGCAUGUAUUACAUGAAAAAUAAUAUAAUUUGAAAACCUGUUCCCUUAAAUAUAAUUUGUGUAUAAUUUUAAAGAUGCAGCAGUCUUGGAUCAAGUAACAUGUUUUUGUUUAUUGCUCUGUCAGCAUUAGGAUAUUAUGGUAUUUCAGAGAAAGAAAAGAUAGAAGAAAGUUCCUUUGUUGCAUAUACAUUUUUACUCCAGCUUUUAGAAUGUUAUUUUGUACUUACCAGACAUUACUCAUACUUUUGUUAACAGAAUUUCUGUAGUCUUACUGGAAAUGUAUUUACUGCUGUAACAUCAAUGCUUGCAUGUAAUCCAGAGAAAAUUUGCUAGAAACUGGAGGUGUUUGUUGUUAUAUCUGCAAACGGAAUAACAAAAGCAGUGCCAUUUAUCUUUGUUACAAUUUUUUUAAGUUUUCAGUUUGGUAUCUGCACUUAUCUUCAAACUUUAUCUGCAGAAGUAGGUCAUCGCCAGUGAUCUUUAGUUUAGGGACCAAAACUGCUCAAAGUAUUGAAGUUGCCAACGAGAGGCAUGUUGUAUUUUAUGUACAUAUAUGUUUGUUACCUUUGUGAUCUGAAAAGGUCGUGUGAAAUUACUUUGUCAUCUUUUGUUUUGAAAUUCUAUGAUGGUCUCCACUCACUUCCUCUUUUUCUUUAAUGAAGAGAUUGUAUCUACAGCUGGAGCUAGGUAACCCACCAGCUUCUUUGAAAUUUAUGUAUAUACUAAAAAUUAAAUGUCACAUACAUAAAAUGCUCUAACAUCAAAAUGAUUUGAACUGUGAGCUCAAAUGUAAAACUUUAUGAUUGUAUCUGUAAACUGCUUUUGUGUGUUUUGUACAUACAGAAAUUGAUGAUCUUUUAUAAAGGUCAAUUGUGUCAUUUAAAAUAGUCCAAAUUAUACAGAAAAUAAAUGUUAAUAUUUUUUGACCAA